CGCUGUAAAUCCGAUACCAAACAGCCCCUAAAAAACUUCUUCGCCUCCUUCGACGACUUAUCUUCCUGUCGGAUCGGAAUUCACGGCAGCUCGCCCUUCUUUUGUUGGAUCGGAAGUAACGACGACGACGGAGGUAGCUCGCCGUUGCGAAGGUACCGAAGAUGUUGGAGCAGCUGCUGAUCUUUACGAGAGGCGGUCUCAUCCUAUGGACGUGUAAAGAGCUCGGCAACGCCCUCAGGGGCUCUCCAAUCGACGCACUCAUCCGAUCUUGCCUCCUUGAAGAGCGAUCAGCUGACGCUGCCUUCAACUACGACGCACCCGGAGCCGCAGCCUACACGCUGAAGUGGACCUUCCACAACGAUCUCGGCCUUGUGUUUGUCGCCGUUUACCAGGCUCCUUUAUUGGGAAAGAAGCAGGUCCAAAGUGCUGCCCAGAGAGGUGCACAUCAGGGUGGUGGAAAGCAGAGGAGUGGUGGUAAUAGUGAUUCUGUGAAUGAUGAAGAUGAUGAUGACUCAGAGAAACGGCAUGGGUUAGUGAAUAAUGGCUCUAGUGGACACCAAAACGGGAUCAAGUUACGUGCUCCUAGCACCAUUAAGGGGAAGGAGAAUGGACUGCCCGGUUCUGGUGCCUUUGAUGUAAAUAAAUUACAGAAACUGCGCGCCAAAGGUGCCAAGAAGAAUGCUGCCGGAGGAGCUAGUAAAGCUUCGAAGGAGGAGCCAAAGAAGAAUGUAAAAAAGAACAGGGUUUGGGAUGAUUCACCUUCUGAGUCGAAGUUGGAUUUUACUGAUCCUGGUGAUGAGAGAGGAGAUGGUGUCUUAGAGGUUGUGGCAGCUGAUCAGGGUGAAAGCAUGAUGGACAAGGAAGAGAUUGUGAGCAGCGAAAGUGAGGAUGAUGAUGGCGACGAAUUUAAGAGUGCCAAAGCCAGUGUGAAGAAGAAGAGCUGGUUCUCAUCUAUGUUCCAGAGCAUUUCUGGAAAUGCUGUGUUGGAGAAAUCGGAUCUGCAACCUGCACUGAAAGCUCUCAAGGAUAGAUUGAUGACAAAAAACGUGGCUGAAGAAAUAGCUGAGAAGCUCUGUGAAUCUAUUGCGGCUAGUCUUGAAGGAAAGAAGUUGGGAUCGUUCACAAGAAUUUCUUCUACUGUCCAGGCAGCAAUGGAGGAGGCUCUGCUUCGCAUUUUAACUCCAAAGCGAUCCGUUGACAUUCUGAGGGAUGUGCAUGCUGCCAAGGAACAAGGGAAACCGUAUGUGAUUGUUUUUGUUGGAGUCAAUGGUGUUGGUAAAUCCACCAACCUUGCCAAGGUGGCGUACUGGCUUCUGCAGCAUAAUAUCAGUGUCAUCCUUAUCCCUAUUUUUGAGAAAGGCUAUGAAAAGGAUCCAGCAAUUGUUGCAAAGGAAGCCAUUCAAGAGGCUAGUCGUAAUAAUUCAGAUGUUGUUCUUGUUGAUACCGCAGGCAGGAUGCAGGAUAAUGAACCGUUGAUGAGAGCACUCUCAAAACUCAUAAAUCUAAACAACCCAGAUUUAGUUCUUUUUGUUGGAGAAGCUCUUGUAGGGAAUGAUGCUGUUGAUCAACUUUCAAAGUUUAACCAGAAAUUAGCAGAUUUCUCAGCAACGCCAACUGCCAGGUUGAUAGAUGGCAUUCUGCUUACCAAGUUUGAUACAAUUGAUGAUAAGGUUCAAAAUUUCUUUCUCCAAUGAACUUCAUACUCUGCAUAAUAUGUUCUUUAAUCUUCUGAGAGGUAAAGCCUG